UAUGGUGUAAAAGCAUUCGAUUUGUAACAUUCUGAAUGUACAGAUACAGCACACACAUCUCCAACACGCUUUAGCUAAAGCUUUAAGGAUGAAGUUCAGAGUAGCAGUUUUUCUGCUUCUGUACAAAUGUCUUGUAUUUGCUCCGAAUGUCAUAUUCGCGUCAGAAUCUGCCGUCUCAGGAUUGACUUGUCCUUUGAAAAUAUGCACAGAUGUACUGAAGGAACUUGGAGCCACAGAGAAGGAACUUAAAGAUCUGGAAAUCAGACUUGCUAAGUGUGAAGCUCAGAUUGAGGAAAUCAAAAAGGAAAAACAAGAUCUGGAAAUCAGACUAGCUAAGAGUGAAGCUCAGAUUGAGGAAAUUAAACAAGAUCUGGAAAUCAGACUGGCUAAGAGUGAAGCUCAGAUUGAAGAAAUCAAAAAGGAAAAACAAGAUCUGGAAAUCAGAUUUGCUAAGUGUGAAGCUCAGACUGAAGAAAUCAAAAAGGAAAAACAAGACAUUGUUUCUUGGACCAGGAACGACUUCCUACAAUAUUCCCGUCAGCUCACUCUAGAUCUGAACACAGUGAGUAAAUACAUCCGUCUGUCUGAGAGCAACACAGUGAUUACUGGCACUUACCCAGAGCUUCAGUCGUAUCCCCGUCAUCCAGACAGAUUUGAUCUUCCUCAGGUGUUGUGUAGAGAGAGUGUGAGUGAUCGACGCUGUUACUGGGAGAUUGAGUGGAGUGAAGGUGUGUAUAUAUCAGUGUCAUAUAAGAGCAUCAGCAGGAAGGGAGUGGGUAAUGAGUGUUCGUUUGGAACUAAUGAUCAGUCCUGGAGUUUGAUCUGCUAUUCCUCCAGUUACUCAUUCAGACACAAUAAGAUAGACACUAAACUCCCUGUAAAGCCCAUCAUCAGUAGAACAGGAGACUAUGGGAAGAAUUACUAUAGAACAGGAGUGUAUGUGGAUCACAGUGCAGGAACUCAGUCCUUCUACAGCGUCUCUGGAGACACAAUGAUCCUCAUCCACACAGUCCAGACCACAUUCACUCAACCUCUCUAUCCUGGGUUUUGGGUUAGUUAUGGAUCAUCAGUGAAACUAUGAUGAAUCAGAACAGAGAGACUCUACCCAAUGCUUUGAGCUGAUGAUGAAUCAGAACAGAGAGACUCUACCCAUAAUGCUUUGAGACUCUACCCAUAAUGCUUUGAGCUGAUGAUGAAUCAGAUGUUAUAGAGUCUCUUCAUUACAUUAAUACUGAAAUAUCACGACACAAUAAAUUGAUGAAGAACAUGUGACUGUCAUCAGUCAUGUGAUGUUCCUCUAGUGUUUGUGCUCCAAUCAUGAAUCAGAUAUGAAUUGAUGAUGAAUAUGAAUCAUCGUGUGAAAUAUGAUCAUUCUGACAUCAUCAAAUAUGACAUUCAUCAUCUCACUUCAUUAAAUAUAUUUACUGUAACUACUGUUGAAUUAUUAUGGAUCAUAAAUCAGUUAUUUUAUUCACUAAAACGUGAAAAUGUGCAGACUUUGCUGAAGUGAUUUGAACAGGUAUUAACUGAGAUAUAAUGCAAAUAUGACUGUAGCUGAAGUAUUUGUGUCAAUACUGUAUGGAGGACCAAAUGACUCAAAAUCACAUGAUGAAAUAAAUGUUGAAAUAUUGUAAUAAAUGUUGAACUCAGUUUUCAUGUAUAUUGUGUCAUGUGGUGUCGUUAUGAGGAGCAGGAGUGACAUUUAAAGAUUUAGAUCCACUAACCCACUGAAAAAUAACAUCAACAAUCAAUUCAUCAAUUUAAUCAUUCAAACAUUAAUGGACGUUUUUACAUGUUUGAAUAAAUACACAAACUUAAAACUGUUUAUUUGAUUCAUGUAAAAUCAUUUUAAAUCUCUUUUUAAAAAAGCAUUGGCAAAUUGCUUUUCUUUAUCCAUUUGUCAAUUGAGUUUAAAACGCCAUUGGUCAGGACACACGUGGAGCAACCAAUCAACUUUCACCUCAGUCUGAAGAGCCAAUCCUCUGUCACUGUAAAUGUAACACGCGCUGUCAUUGGACAGUGAGAACAACUAUUGGUCAGAGCCGUUAAAUAUGAGAGUUGAGACAAUCUGACUGAAAGAGUCUGAAACCAUCUACUUCUCUACUAUAUAGUAGGAGAAAAGCAGUAGGCGAGAGAAUAAGUGUGUCAGAAACCUCAGUGAUCAUAAAAGAGUAGCAAGAAUUACCCGAGUGAUGUACUGAUUCUCAUGAGAUUCUGACAUGUCGAGAUGCAGCAGGACUGUAAACACGUGAUUGUUAGAUCAAUAAAUUUGAAUAAAGCAUUGUUUCAUGUGUU